GAAGUGGACAAGAAAUUGAACUUUCGGGCACAGAAGCCGCAUAGUUCAAUAUGGGGGGCAAAAAUAAACAGAGAACGAAAGGAAACGUUAGGCCGUCAAGUAGUGGGAGAGCUGCAGAACUACUAGCCCGGGAGAGUGGGGUUGUUCCUGGAUUUGUGGGGUUUGGCAUCUCAACGUCCAAUGACCCGGGAUAUGUACCAGCCGUCCACGGUGCAGAGGAAAUAGACAAUCUAGUGGACGCGGAUUUUCGCUUGGUUUUAAGGAAACUGUCAAAAAGAGAUGCAGUCACCAAAUUAAAGGCAGUGCAAGAAUUUGGUGCAAUGUGUCAAGAACGGGAAUCAGAAACAGUGAAAGGCGUGCUUCCCUACUGGCCGAGGAUAUACUGCAGGAUAUCAGUGGACCACGACCGGCGUGUCAGAGAAGCAACACAGCAAGCCUUUGAGCAGCUGAUUCUGAAAGUGAAGAGGAACCUUGCUCCCUACCUAAAAAGCAUCAUGGGCCACUGGCUCAUUGCCCAAUGUGACACGUACCCCCCCGCAGCCUCCGCGGCUAACGUCGCCUUCCAGGCCGCUUUCCCUCUCAACAAACAGCCAGAGGCACUCAGCUUCUGCAAGGAUGAAAUCCUAAGUGUUCUUCAAGACAACUUACUCAAAGAAACUCCAGACACACUGAGUGACCCACAGAGCGUGCCUGAAGAGGAGAGAGAGAUGAAAUACCUACGUUUGCUGACCAGUUCACUGCUGGCACUGAAAAAGCUUUUGACCGUUUUGCCCCAGAGCGACAGAGACUCCCUCUGCGACCGUCUGUCCAAGCUCAUCGCCCAGGCCAAGUUUUGGAAAUACAGCAAGCACAAAACCCCACAGAUCCGUGGGGCUUUCUUCGAGGUGGUGGCCACGCUUUGCGAGCAUAUGCCGGACCUGAUCCGAGCAGAAGCUCCCAGGGCUUGUUGUGCGGUUCUCCUCAGCAUCGAUGACACCGACCCUGUGGUCUUACCCCCCCUGUGGGAGGCCGUCCUGCACGUCCUCGCCAGCAUUCCCGACUGUUGGACGCACGUGAACGCGAGGAAAGGGGUGUUGCCCAAGCUCUGGGUCCUUCUGAGGGACGGGGGGAAAGGCUUGGCCACCGCUCUACACCCCAACAUGCUUCCGUUUAUCAGUAAACUACCAGAGGAGGUCACUCAGCCCAAACUGGACUUCUACGGCACCUUCUUCACCUCCAUAAUACAAGGUCUUUCUAGUGAGCGUGCUGUAGCCAGUCCAGCAGAGGGCGCAGCUAUCAUCUUUGCCACGGUGGAGUGUCUGCGUUUCUGCAUGCUCCAGAACACAGGCGAGGAGGAGGAGCAGCGUCGCAUCCGAAACAUGCUGAUCUCUGAUCAGAUCCUGCCUUUGAUUGAUGGUGCCAUGGGAAGCCCGGGGCUGCAGGGCGGUCCGCUGUUUCCCCAGGUCACAGAGAUGCUGGUCUCCUGGGAGAAGAGGGCGGGUCUCGCCGGAGAAAGCAGGCCGGCGGAAGAGGAGGCCACGUUCCAGAGGCUGCUGGGAGACUUUUGGGAGGGCCUGGGCCAGCUCUGCGUGCGUUACGUGGACGCGGAGGAGUCCGAACAGCUGGCUCUGGAGGGCAUAGCCUCUCUGCUUCAGAUCAUGCAAAAUCCAGAAAGCUGCUCCAAAAAACAGGCCAAGAAGAAGAAGGGUAAGACGGUGAAGAUCAGCUUCUCAGAUCUGGAAGGGAAGGAGGAAGGGGAAGAGGCUCAGCGGGAAGCCCCGGUUAGUCAUCCUUUGGACGGGCAAGAGAACCCGAGCUCUCCCCUAAAGAGCAGCCACCUGCUGGAGCUCGUGUGCCAACUGGCCGAGCUCAACAUGGUUUACGUGAACGAGCGGAACUCGGAGAGGCACAUUCGUUUUCUCUCCAUGCUUUUGGGAGCUUUCCCCAGUCCUCAGGUCUUCCAGGUACUGCUGAAAGAAGAACCCGAAGCCAACCUCCUGGAGUCGGAACUGGGUCCGGAGCUGGCCCAGAACCCGGCCGUACACUUCCUCCUGCAGAGGGUGGUGGUGUGGCUGAGACAGGACAGUAGGAAAGACACAGAUUUUCUGGUGGACAUGGUGUUUAGUGUACUACAGUGCUGCAGCACCAAAGCACAGAGGACCCUGAUUCUUAACCACCUGACCUUGAUGGAUUUGAAAUGGAGUGUUAUUCUUCAGAUCAUACAAAAGGCCUGCGCUGAUGCAGUGUGUUUGGAUGUGUGCUGGAGCUGGAUGAAGGGUCAGGUACUGGGGGAGAGAUUAGUGCAGCUGGCUGGAGACUUGUGUGAGGUCGGCCUGAGAGGAGCCAACGUCCCCUCCACUGCCAGCUCUCCAAAACACAGCCACAGCUGGGCCCUUAUCAGCCUGGUGCUCUCUCACCAGCACGACGACGAUUGUCUCAUUGGGAAGGUGUACGUGGAAAAGAUUAUCGAUCAGCUUCACGCCACGCUGUCGGAGGCUAAGGACAUUUCCGACGCCGGGAACGUGGAGCCGCUGGUCUCCUUCAUCUCGGACGUGGCCUCCACCUUCUUCUCCUCCGUGAAAGGCUGCCUCCUCCUGGCCUCCGCGGAGGAGCUCCUCCUCACCCUUUUCCAGCUAUGUGCUCAGGACCAGUCUGUCACUCACCUCUCAGAUUCUCUGCUCCUCAAGCUCAAACAAGCUUUCUUAGCUGGCGUCCGUUCGCUGGUCAAUCAUUUGGGUUCUUCAGUCACGAAAGGGACUUUUCUACACAAUGCCGCUGUCUGGGUGAAAACUCAGGUGCAGGCUUCACCGCUCACUGUGAAAAGUUUGCAGGUUUUGGUCCAAACGGUUCUGAGCUUGGUUGAGACGCUGGCGACGGGCCAACAGAACGGCAGCUGUCUCCUUUCUCAGUUCAUCUGCUGCCUGUCACCCAGCGAAGAGGAAUGGAGCAAGCUCAGAAAAGCCCUACCCCCUCAGUGGGUAAAGUGCCCUCUGCUGACAGGGCGACUCAGGAUGACCUGUGACUACCCCUGCAGGGACACAUGGAAACCGAAGGCAUCACUCCGACUUCCUGCCCACCUCUGUGUAUGUGCACUGCUGGGUAGAGUCAGCUUUACUGCAGUACCCCUCGAUGACCAGCAGGAGGCAGACUCUGCCCUGCUCUCUGAGCUUAGACACACGGCGGCAGAGAUCCUGUACGCGCUACAGUGGUGUGAGGAGAUGGAAUAUUCCCCCAGCGCAGUGUCCGAAUACCACAGAAUGCUCCAAGACUGGAAAUUAACAGAGACCGUCCGCGCCGACGGCUCGAUGGCGUCUGGCAUUCUGAAAACACUCUUCUCAAGGUCUUUAGAGGAAGGCUCCCUGUGGUCUUUGACUCUGGCGUGCUACGUUCAGACAGCUGACCUUGCUGCUAGCGACAUCAAGGGUCUUUACAACAACGUGGAGAGCUUUUUCAGCCUGUCUGAGCAGAGCGUUGGCACUGUUCAGGCGCUCUGUCCCUGUCUGCCUGCUGAAGACAGAGAGGCCAUCGUCGCCCUGUCUGUCGCCGAACUGCUCAACUGGCAGGAGAAAGAGCAAGACUGCAUUCACAGCGUUGGGGCGUGCCUUGCUGUUCUGCACUGCUGUCUAAAAGCUAACACUGCUGUCGAAGAGGAAAUCCUGCAGGCUGUCAUGGCAACCAUGAUGGAAUGGCGUAAUAGUAAAGAGGAGUGGUUUCUCUUUAACAGUGAUCUAGCGAAGCCGUCUGUUGGAGAGCUUGCCCUGUGUGUGGAGAUGAUGCGUGUCCUUUGCUGGCUUCUGGAUCAUUCUCCCACAAUCCUACACAGUGCACAGUGGGACUUCCUGUUGUGUUCUAUGCUGGCAUGGCUAGAGACUGCCUGUGACAGUAGUGGGGCUUUCUGGAAUCCCUGGGUACAGCUGUUUGUGUGCCAGAACUGUGAGCUUAUUGUUAGGCUCAGUGAGUUCUUUGCAGCACCUCCUGCUGCUGUGGUUGACCAGCUGCCUCCUGAGCUGUGCACGGAGUGGCAGGAAUUCUUUGUGGAUGGAAUUCACACUAUGCUCCUCCCCCUUCUCAUCAAGGUUCCGGUGGAUUUCACAGAGCCAGACGACCCCUCGUUUCCGAUGUCUGUGCUGAGGGCUGUCGGGGAGGCGCUGACCUACAUCCCCGUAGAGCAGCUGACCAAUAACAAACUGCCGGCGAGAUUUGUGGCUGACCAGAAAAGCAACCUGCCCGACCAGCUGCAGACCUUACUCAACACACUCAGUCCACUGCUCCUGUUCAAAGCCCGCCCCCUGCAGCUCACCGUCUACCACAUCCUCCACAAAGUGAUGCCACUGCUGCCGGAGAGCGAUAGUGAGAGUGCACAUGCCAAAUCUGAGGAGGAUGACGGAGAAGAGGCAUGCCUAUCGCCUCCGGCAGCUCUGAUGACUAUCCUCACUGCGACAGAGGAGCUCUUGGAGAACGUUCUGGGUGGUGUGCAGGUGGGCGAGUUUGCCGUCGUGCAGCCCCUCAGCGUGGAACACUGCUGCAUUCUGGGAUACCUGUUGGCAUGGAAACUCAUCCUGACUUUCUUCAAGGCUGCCCCAUCCCACUUGAGAGUCCAGUAUUCCCUCUAUCUGCGAAAGAACCGUUCUCUACACAAACUCCUCCUCCACCUGUUCCGCCUCAUGCCGGAGAACCCCACUAUUCCCGUCCAGGGCUCGGAGUCGACCGGCAAAGAGGCCAGGACCUUCUUUACCGAGAGCCUGUCUCUCUCAGUCAGCAAGACAGAGGGCUUGCAGUUUGAGGUACCCCAUCUGGCCUGCUCUGUGUAUUACACUGCUGUGAAGGAUCUUCCAGCCAUGGUCAGACUCUGGUGUAACAGUCAGGAGAAACGAGUCUUCAGCACAGUGGAUAAAUUCACCAGCAAGUACGUGAGCAGUGUUCUGUCGGCCCAGGAGAUCGCCUCGGUCCAGUCCAGUACCCAGAGCUUUGACAGCAUGACGGUGAAAGCCCGCUCCACCACGCGAGAGGUGAUAGCGACAUAUUCGGUGGACGACAUCUUCAUAGAGCUGGUGAUUCAGCUGCCUCCGAAUUACCCUCUGGGCUCCGUCUCUGUGGAGAGCGGGAGGAGAGUGGGCGUGGCCGUGCAGCAGUGGCGCAAUUGGAUGCUCCAGCUCAGCACCUACCUGACACAUCAGAACGGCAGUAUCAUGGAGGGACUUGCCCUGUGGAAGAACAACGUGGACAAGCGUUUCGAAGGGGUGGAGGACUGCAUGAUCUGUUUCUCCGUCAUCCACGGCUCCAACUACUCGCUGCCCAAGAAGGCGUGCCGCACCUGCAAGAAGAAAUUCCACUCGGCCUGUCUGUACAAAUGGUUCACAUCAAGCAACAAAUCCACUUGUCCUCUCUGCAGAGAGACAUUCUUUUAAUCGCUGCCUCCGCGGACAGACCCGAUUGCUUGCAGUGCGUGUUGGGAUUUAGCUCACUCUGUUCGGCAGCAGAGAGUGAGAGGGGUGUACUUUUCUUUUUUUUUGUAAGUUUGUACCCAUCCUUCACUGUCUGCACCCAAAGAACUGCAAAGUGUUGUGACUUUUGCUGCUCUCUAACUUUCAGACUCUGGGAACUAUUAGUGUGUCUCCAACAGAGAGGAAUGACGGAAACAGUUAUCAUUUUCAGCAGUUAGUCAAUCCAACACUCACCUACCCACCAACUCCAACUUGAAAAGAAAGAAAAAAAAGAGAGAGAGAGAGAGAGAGAGAGAACGAUAGAGCUGACUCAAGCCUGUGGUCUCCUCCAGUGUCCCUGGUCUGAGACACUCUCUCUCUCUCUCUCUCUCCCUCUCUGUCUCUGUCUGUCUGUGUCAUUUCCGCUGUCUGUGUACUUUUAGCUCAGUCAUCGAUGAAAAUCCUUGUCCUAUCCACGAAGAUGAAGAUGUGUGUCCAUCAGAGAAAUGACUAUGAUAAAAGACCCCGAGGGCAGACGACAAACGUGAUGGAGAGAGAAUCUCUCCCCAAAAAAAAAAAAAAAACCCUCAGGAUUUGAAAACUCUGCCAAAAUAGUAUGAUUUGUGAAGGGAACUUUUUUUUUUUUUUUUUUUUGAGCAGAUAAAUCU